CGCAAACAUUCCAUCGAUAAUUUGAUUCGUCUGACUGAAUCGUUUGUCUUCGAGGACUGUCCAGAACGAGACGCGAGUACCGGUCGGCUCACCACGGCGGGGAUGAUACCCUGGAUCCAGAAACUGACGAUACUCGGAACGUGCCUUGUGCUGGGUCCUCACAGCAUCUACAUGUUUGUUAGGAGUAUCGGGACCGAGAAACUGGGACUCAGAAUGUGGACCCCGUACGACGCCAGACCGAGUCCAGUGCACGAAAUCACUGUCAUCAUUCAGGUGUUAUCAACUCUAGUCGACGUGACAAUUUUUACGGGAUUUGUCGGUCUCUACGCGACCCUGGUGGCCAUUGCGUGUACUCAGCUGGAGAAACUUCAAGAGGGUCUGAAAAACUUCAGGAAUGAAAAAGAGCUGAAACCCAACACGGAACAGGAAAAACUUAAGGAGCAUAUUCGAUUCCACCAGAGCAUUCUCAGCCUGAACUCCUUUGGUUUCAAAAAUGAUUAUGAAUCUGUAAACUGUGUGUGA